GAGGGGCGCUGGGUCCGUGUUGGGACUGGCUGCGGGAGCGCGGGGCUGCCGCCGGGACUCUUGUCUCUUGCCUGCGGCAGAGCCGUAGGAGCUUGCGCGUUUGGCGCGUCUGUCUUUUCCUCCCGCGGAGAGUGAAAUGUGAGGCCAUCAUCAAAUUUUAUGAAGAGGGAAGAUGUAAUCCGAUUUGAGUUUGGUUGCUGUGUUCAGAAGAAUCUGAAGAACAGAAGCUGGGAAGCCAAUUCGGAGGCUGUGACAAUAAUCCCUGGGAAGGACAGCAGCUUGGACCAGGGUGGUGGCAGUGUUGGUGGUGAGGACCAGUCCGAACAAAGCCAGUGGGAUUUGCUGACAGAUUGGGUAUGGAGAAGGAAGAGAAGAAUAAGGUGGACUGCAGGUUUGGGGCCUUAGCAAAGCUUGAGAUGUGGUAAUGUCAGCCAGACUUCUCAGAUCCUUGGCCAGAUGUCACUGUAUUCUAUCAAAAGCGUGUCAGUGCCAAAGACUUGUUCAUCGAACAUUAAAACCACUUAAGGAAUUUGAGACCACAGCAUGCAACACCCUGACAAGAAGUCAGAACGUGAAUUUGUUCUUUCCUGAUACAGCAGCUGUUGGUUUGAAUAAGUCCCAGGUCCUGGAAAUGAACCGGAAUAUAUCAAAUACAAACGUACUCUCUCCAUUAAACACCGCACGUUACCAAGAUGAAAAAGAGCACCUUCCAACCAGGAACUCCCUUGGUACUCAUAGGAAAGUGACUCACAAACCAAAUCUGUUAGGUUUUAAGUGGUUUAUAAAAAUAUUAAAGAGACAUUCCUCAUCUGUGUCAACGGAAACACUUGUUUCUAAACAAGACUUUCCGCAAAUCAAGAGACCACUGAAAGCAUCAAGGACCAGGCAGCCAUCCAGGACCAACCUUCCAGUUCUGCCUGUGAACAAGGACCUGAUGCACUGUACUGCAUUUGCAACCGCAGAUGAAUACCAUCUUGGAAGUCUCUCUCAAGAUCUGGCCUCCCAUGGAUAUGUUGAAGUAACAAGCUUGCCUAGAGAUGCAGCAAAUAUUUUGGUGAUAGGUAUGGAAAGUUCUGCAAAAGAAGGUGAUCCUGGAACAAUAUUCUUCUUCAGGGAAGGAGCUGCUGUCUUCUGGAAUGUGAAAGACAAAACUAUGAAGCAUGUGAUGCAAGUUCUUGAAAAACAUGAAAUUCAGCCCUAUGAAAUUGCAUUGGUACACUGGGAGAAUGAAGAGCUUAACUACUCAAAAACAGAGGGACAGUCAAAACUUCACAGAGGGGAAAUCAGGUUAAAUUCAGAGCUAGAUUUAGAGGACGCCAUUCUAGAGAAAUUUGCUUUCUCAAAUGCUCUUUGCCUUUCAGUGAAACUGGCUAUCUGGGAAGCAUCACUGGAUAAAUUUGUUGAAUCUAUUCAGUCGAUUCCAGAGGCUUUAAAAGCUGGGAAGAAAGUGAAACUAUCUCAUGAAGAAGUUAUGCAGAAAAUGGGUGAACUCUUUGCCUUAAGACACCAUAUAAACUUGAGUUCAGACUUCUUGAUCACUCCUGAUUUCUACUGGGACAGAGAAAAUCUGGAAGAACUUUAUGAUAAAACUUGUCGGUUCCUCAGCAUUACUCGUAGAGUUAAGGUCAUGAAUGAAAAGCUUCAGCACUGCAUGGCGCUGACGGAUCUGAUGCGGAAUCACCUGACCGAGAAGAGGACGCUCCGCCUGGAAUGGAUGAUCGUCAUCCUUAUCACCAUAGAGGUAAUGUUUGAGCUGGGACGAGUAUUUUUCUGAUUAAGUGACGACCAAAGGAAAAGUGUCAUUGCAAGAUAUAUUGAAGUUCUACAAUCAAAAAUAAAUGCUCACCUGUUGAGAUUAACAGGUAUUUAAUUUUUUUAAUCAAGAAAUUGUCACAGUGAUCUUUUUCAGUUUCUAAAUGUAUUGCUGCUUGAAUAAAAACUAUGAAGAAUCUGGCA